UAUCGAUACCAAGAAGUGCGCGUGACUUAAACGAUCUUAAUCAGUGUUGUGAAAUUCCAUGAAGAAGCUAAGCCGCAAAGCAGAGUCCCCGAAAACAUAACGGCAAAUGCGAAAAGUGCAGGAAAACGUGACCACCAAUAAUAAUUCUCGAGCAUAAUUUUUCGUAUUUCGUGUGUUCUUUUUUGUUUCGUUACCCCAUCGUCGCGCGUUUGCCUUGUGUUUUGUGUUAAAUGUAGUCAGCCAACAAACAAAUAUUCGAUAAUUCUGUGCGGCAUUAAUAUUGCCUUUAGUUCCAUUUACAUUCCGAUUGUGUUUAGUUCAAAAACCAAAACCAGAAAAAAAUAGUAAACCAGAUACAAAAGAAAAGCAGAAAAUACUGCAAAAAACAAGCAAGAAUUGUGAAAUUCGUAGGUUAAAACGAAGGGCGCCUCGAGUGCAAAUCAAUUAUAUGUGUCCAAGUGCUAAGACGCGCCAAGAAUCCGCUAGCCAAGAUGACGGAGCACCAGGCCUCCGAGCCGGAGUCCGCGCCCGUGCCCCCGUCCAAGUUCAAGGACUCGGAGGAGGGCUUCCUCUCCACCUCGCCGGACAGCGCCAAUGGCGAUGCCCCCAAGGUGGCAACCAAGAAUGCCGUAUCCCUUGGGCAACAUCAUAGUGAUUCCGAAAUGAUGCCGGGCCACCACCUGGUCCGCCUGGCCUUCCACCAGUGCUCCUGCCCGGAGCAGUGCGUCACCCUCAACAACAUUCUGGACUCGUUCAAGGCUCCACUGUCCGAGGACCAGGCCUGGGCCCUCAUCCACCAGUUCACCACGCUCUACUACAAAGUGGCCAUCCAGGCGCACAGCUGCCGUCCGGCGGACUACGAGUCCGGACUGCCCGCCAGCUUUGAGCUACACUUCCAUCGCGACGGCAGCGUGCACUUCUCUGGCAAGGAGCGUCUGCCUCCGCCUGGGGAUCAGCAGAGCGCGGAGCGGACCAAGGAGCACAAUCCGGAAUUAGACAUUUCCUCGCGGGACCAGCUGGACCACAGCGCCAGCAGCAGCACAACCACAAGCAACAGCACCAACGGCGGAGACGGCAGCGCCAUUGUCAUCAAUCGAGCCUUCGACAAUAACAAUCAUCAUCAUCAUCACCAUAAUCAUCAUACGCCGCUAGUGGUUUCGCAUAGAAAGAUAAUCAGCGAAUUGGCGGAAAUUGUCUACACCGCCUUGGAUUACAAUCUGCCGGAGGACGAAGAGUGCCAAAUGUCACAGGAGCUGGAGAAUCUUUUCAACUUUAUGACGGCAGAUGAAACCGACGAUGAUUGCAUUGACGAGGGCAUCGAUGAGGGCGACAAGCGUUGGGACGAUGAUUCCGAGGAGGAGCGCAACGACACCAAAGAACUAGAGCACAUUAUCGAGACCUGCAGAAAUCAUAUAAAAGCCACCCUGCCAGAGAAUCAUUAUAGAGCCGUUUGCAGAGCCCUCGUGACGGAGACCAUAGAGCUCCGUGUGUUUCUGCAGCAGGUCCUGAACAACGGUGCCGAGAAGUUGAUCAAAGCCUCGGAAUCGUCGGCCACCACGCAACAAGAACUGGCGAAGCUGGGCUUCAACGACUGGGCGCGCUUCUGGGUGCAGGUGAUCGAUGAACUGCGGCGAGGUGUUCGCCAAAAGAGCAACUAUGAGCGCACACCCAUCGAGUUUGAGCUGACUCCCUACGAGAUCCUCAUGGGGGACAUUAGAGCCAAAAAAUAUCAGCUCCGCAAAGUGAUGGUUAAUGGAGAUAUUCCACCGCGCGUCAAGAAGGAUGCCCAUGCCAUGAUCUUGGAGUUCAUCCGAUCCCGACCGCCGCUCAAGAAGGCCUCAGAGCGACAAUUGGGACCGCCGCGCAUGUGCACACCUUCGCCGAGGGAACAGCUGAUGGAGUCCAUAAGGAAAGGCAAGGAGCUGAAGCAGAUUACCCCACCGGAAGCACCCACACUGAGGCAGAGAUUGCUUCCAAGUGCAAACUCCACGCUGUCGCGAUCCCGACAGCGGCUCAUCAAAGUGGAUUUCUCCAAGUUUCAGGACGACGAGCUCUUCUUCGAUGAGUCCAGCAUCAGUAGCUCCCACUCCACAGCGGCCACCCACCAUCACAAUCAGUAUCCACACCUCAGCGAGCUGCAUCGCUGUUCGCAGCCCAAGAUGCCACCAUAUCCCAUUGGUGGCUAUAUGGUGGCCAGCCAGGCGAGGCAAGAUUCUCGGGAGACGGCGUCAAUGAUGCGACCCCGACGCACAAUGGAGCCAACGAGGCAGGCGCCUCCGGAGGAGCCAUCCUUCACGGAGGACGAGUACCACAGGUUCUACGACACGGCCCUGGAAUCUUACGACCUGGCCACUCAAUGCGAGUCCAGGCGCGCCUCCCUGCGACGCCACACCAUUGUCGGGUGUCAAAGUAAUCUGGACGAGACGCACUCUAUGCCGCCAACGCGGCCAGAGUCGCGUCAAUCGGAUGACGUCAAUAAGGAGGUAAACCCCAAACGCAGUCCUGUGGAUCGUAAUCCCACAGACGAGGCGGCCAAUUCAACAUCCUCGCUUGGGCCAUGGAACAAGUCCUUUAUGGACAAACAGACCUGGAUGGAACGGGGGGACGAUCGCCUGUCCGUCACCCUGGCGGAGAUCGUUCACAUCCGUUCCGUCAUGACCAAGGCGGAGCUGGAGGGCCUGCCGAUGGACGUGCGCGUCAAGGAGGAUGUUGAAAAGCGUCGCGUCUGCUUCCUGUGCCUGCGCACCCGCUCCUUCUUUGGCCCCUGGGGCAUCCAGUGUAAGCUGUGCCAGCGCACAGUCUGCGCCAAGUGCUACACCAAGAUGCGCAUUCCCUCGGAGCACUUUAGGAACGUGCCCCUUGUGUUGAUCUCACCAUCGCUGCUGUCCAGUCCGGCCAGCUCGAGCACACCCUCCCCAUCCCAUCACGCCCAUCAGGCGCACUCGUCCUCGACGGGGAAUAUCAUGGAUGACCAGUUCCCCAAGUCGCUGAUCGAGCGUCUCCUGCGCUCCGAGUCAGAUCGUAAGACUCGCAGCACUGUGGGCAGUGCCCCAUCUUCACCCAAGCACCAAAGAUCAAACAUGAGCACGCCGGGUAUUAGCGUAGGUCCCGGCGCAUCAUCAUCAGCAGCUGCCACCGCACCUGGACAGGCUGUAGAGGCGCUGCAUGAUCAGGCGGCCAUGUCGGCCUCCUAUUCAGCGGCCAUGCGACCCUCCGGAGUUCAUCAGCAUCAGAGGCAGCAAUACAACAAUGCCAUGUCCCGGAGCAUGGAGGGACCACGGAGUCUGCCCGUGCACAGCCCAGCAUAUCGACCGCUCUCCAACAACAGCACGCUGGAGAGGAAGUAAGCUAGCUUAAAUAGAAUACAAAUUGAAAUUAAUUUUGACCCCUUACAGAUCCCGUUUCUCAGGGGCUUUAACCUGUUCUCCUCGGGCAGCCACCUGGCCCAGACGCCGGAGCAGAAGGAGAACCUGCGGGGCGAGCAGGUGACCGUUUGCAACGAUUGCCAGGGCUUGGUCAAUGAGAUAACCAGCUCUGUGAAGCAGAAGCGAAGCUCGGCCCGCAACCGAACCAUACAGAAUCUCACCCUGGAUCUGACGCCCGUCUGGAAAUAGGCGACAGAGGAUCCACAUGGCAGUGCGUUUCGAGGUCAUAAGAUAGUUUCAAAGAGAUUCUAACGACUGACAAUUGACUUGAUGACUUAUAAUUACGUACAACUGACUUUAUUUCUGAUUUCUGCGACUGUUUUGAUGGCCUCUGAAACGCACUGGAAUCAUUUGCUAUAUAGAUAUGGAUUAGAUGGACUGUUGUACACUUUAAAAGGAUAAUAGAGACUCCAGGGGGGAGACUCGUUUGUAAAUCGUGUUAGUCUAGUGAAUAAGCAAAGGAUAAUAACAAAUUCCUGGAAGCUAAAGCUUUGUACAUUUUCUGCCGGCUACAGAGAGAGAUCCGCUUGAGCGCACCCCCACCACAUACCACAUAUGCUACAUAUAAAUCUAUAUAUAUAUAAAUAUAAAGGAGAUAACUAUA